CUGUGGUUUUUGGUUAUAUUUCUGGUUGGUGAGUUUCGUUUGCGCGAAAACUGCAUCAAAUAUCAAUCAUUAUUACAAUCGCAAUCCAAUAUACCCUGAUCUUUGGAAUUCGAGAAAAAUUCAAUAAAUUUUACUGUGCAUUCUACGAAGUUAUACAUUAAAAAUGGCUGGAGAGGUAGUAGUGGAUGCACUGCCAUAUAUUGACCAAGGAUAUGAUGAUCCAGGAGUUAGAGAAGCGGCAUUGGCUAUGGUGGAAGAAGAAUGCAGAAGAUACAGACCAACAAAAAAUUAUUUAGAAAAUGCAGGACCUGAACCAAGCACAGCCUUUGAGACUACAGCUGUCCAGCGAGAAAUGGAACGAGUACAGCAACGACUGCCCAUGGAACCACUGUCUAUGAAAAGGUACGAACUGCCCCCGCCACCGGCAGGACGCCUGGGCGAGCCCACGGCGUGGGCGGAGGCGGUGGACAACUCCCACGCUCAGCUCUCACACCAAGCUACCAGGGUCUUGAAUCUGGAGCUACAACUGCAAUACAGCACAGAAGCGUGGAGGUCCUACUUGAACAUCCUACAAGCGCUGGUCACCUCUUCGCAAAAUAUACACACACAGUUAAGAAAACAAAUAGCGGCAGUGAACUGGGAGCGCAAGCGGUCGCAGACAGCGAGCGGCGCGCGGCUGCGCGCGUUGCGGCGACGCUGGGCACAGCUCGUGUCCGACAACUACCGCCUGGAGCGCGCCAUCAUGCAGCUCGAGAUACAGCUCGAGAAGGCCAAAGGACAAGCGAUAGCAGACGACGAGACUCCCGACAUGGACAUCGAAGCUGUCAAGAAUCUGCCGGACAAGCUCAACUCUGACACUGAGAAAGAAGUACAAAAGAAAAUUGAGGACAUGUUCGCUGAUUAAAUAAAUGAAAAAUAAUACGUUUACCUAGAAUAUUUAAUAAUAAAUAAAUAAUAAUUAAUGUUAAGAAUA